AUGCUUAGACGCCAAGUUCUUAUUUUUGGGAAGACCCUGGAUAGCAUCCUACCCUUCUUAUGGACUCUCCUCGCGGCAUCGAUACAUGACAUCGGCCAGCUUGACUGGAUCCCAGGUUUCGCCUACCAGUUCGGGAUGCUGGUAGUAAUCACUUUCCUCUGCAGCCCUCUCAUAUCCCAUGCCCGAAAAGACCCUCUCAAAGUCGAAGGCGAGGUCGAUGGCACCUUGAACUAUAACCUGACGACGGCCUACAAGAUCUACAAUAAUCCGCGGAUGCUUCCGAUAAAAUUGGAAAAACCCUCACGAGCCGUACGAGUGUCGAAUGCUGUACUUGUGAAGUUUACGUCAUAUCGCCUCCUAAAAAUAUUAGUUUUCGUCGCGCUCAAUAUUAGCCUCAAUCGCGCCAUGACCCCUAUAUUCUCAACCUGCACCCUUGACGACUUCUCACCGGCCCGCGAAGCCAUAUUGAGGCGUCUCAUCAGUGGCACCGUAUCCCGGCACGACCUCGGCAUACGAGCAUUCAUAUCGACGAUCUGGAUAUUACAUUCCGUUUUCCAGCUUGAGAUCAGCCACGUAUCAAUGAGCAUUCUAUUGGUAACUGUUCUUCGCCGCUUCUGGGGGAGGUACUGGCAUAGACUUUUCGCUUCGGCAGGGAUCUGGGCUCGUGCUAUUAAAGUAUUGGCUGCCUUUUUACUCUUUACCAUGUCGGGCAUCGCACACGCUAUCGUCGGGUGGAGGAUAGGGGAUUCCGCCCCGGAGCGAGACGUCCUCUUCUUCUGGUAUAACUUCUUGGCCGUUUGCUUCGAGAUAAUUGUCUCAAAGUACUGGCCGAGCGAGAAACUGGCAUACCUGUUGCAUUGGGUAGGACUUCACGGCAGAGCACAACACGUAGCAAGAAGGUUGUUUGGGUUCUUGUGGGUUUGGACGUUCUUCAUGUGGUCAACUCCGCGACUUGUAUAUCCAAAGAUAUACGCUUUGUUACUAGCUUCCAUAACCAAGUAA